AUGAUCAACGGUAAUUCUGCUGAAGGAGAUAUUGAAGUCAUCGAAAAACGGAAUCAAGCAGAAGCUAAACACAAAUCACAUUCAAUGUUGGAUUUUAUUCCUUCCUCAAGUGAAUUAAUCAAGUUGAUUGCUGCUGAAAUUACAUUAGUUUAUCAUGGGAUACGUCAUGGACACAGCUAUUCAAGUCAAGCAUGUACUGCUGAUGUUUCGACAAAGUUGUUUCAAGAUUCAACUAUUGGAAAAAAUCUCACACGUGGACGGACUAAAGCUCGUGAAAUUGCAGUUAAUGUUUUGGCUCCAUUUAUAUCUGCUCAAAUUACAGAAAACCUUAACAAAGUCGGUUUUCAUUCUUUAUCAUUUGAUGGAUCAAACAAAGGUCACAAGAAAAUGUUUCCAGUUGUUGUUAAUUAUUUCACCAUUGAACGUGGUAUUGAACGAUCAGUGAUUGAAGUCGUUGAACUAGUCAAUGAAACAGCUGAUCAUAUUAUUGCUUCUCUUCGAGAAGUAUUGCAAAUGAACAAUAUUGAUAUUCAAAAGAUGACAUCUACCCAGGUCAACAAAUCCGAUGCUGGAUCCGAUCGGAUCUUACCGGAUCCGACCAUCUGA